UAUGAGUCGUUUCACAACUUUCUCUCAGUUAUGCAAAUUUGCCAAACGCCAGUAUUGCUCUGAUAGUCAGAAUCAUUUAAUAAACGAGUGCUUCAAGCAAGGCAGAAUUGAUAAAUAUAAAGCUGUCACAGUAAAUUUAUCUCCAUUGCCUGAAGAUACAUCAAGAAAUUCAUUUAAAAAAAUAUUAAGUAGAUAUGUUGAAGAUUAUAGUAGAGCUGGUAUCAUAGCUUGUUGGAUGUCUUUGCCAAUUUCAAAAAGUUUUCUAAUUCCUCCGGCAGCCGAGCUAGGUUUUGAGUUCCAUCAUGCUGAAAAGAAUAAUGCAACUUUAAUAAAAACCUUAUCAACUUCUUCCUCUAUUCCUCUUUUUGCUUCACACCAAGUCGGAGUUGCCGGGUGUGUUGUAAAUGAUGAAUCGAAAGAAAUAUUAUUUGUCAAAGACAAGCACAGACCGGAAACGCAUUCAUUUUCAAGAUGGAAACUACCCGGAGGUCUUGCCGAUCUUGGAGAGGAUAUUGCAGAUGCUGCCGUUAGGGAAGUUUACGAAGAAACAAAUAUCCAAGCAAAAUUUCAGGGAAUAUUAUCAUUUCGACAGCAUCACUCUUUUCCGGGUGCUUGGGGAAGAUCGGACUUGUAUUUUAUCUGUCAUUUGAAACCAAUUACAACGGAUAUUCAACAUUGUACUAGAGAAAUACAAGACUGUAAGUGGAUUACGCUAGAAGAAAUAAAAAACGAUCAACAUAUUUCUCCAGUAACAAGGGCUGUAAUUGCAAUGGUUGAUGAAGGCCUAUCUACAAAUUGGAGAAAAGUAAAUUGGGAAUCUAAAGUUAUGCCUAGCGUCUAUCCGGGACAAACAUAUACUUUAUUUUCGUCAGUUUGUUAA